CAUGCACUUGUAUGACCUAACUACCCAAGGACGCAAACAACCCGAAUCCAACUCUCCCUACACGCAGGGAGACGGCUCCGUACGCCGUUAACCCAUCGUCGCUGUCGCCUCCAGCCACCCGACUCGGGGCAAACACGCCGCGAAAGGGAGAAACUUCCACGGGCCUGAUGUUUGCUUCCCAGAUCCACCCCAUUCACCACCGCUGCUGUACGCCCGUUCGUCCCACGUACGCCCGGCGGACGUUUUAAACCGUGAAGGAGUUCUUUGUCGACGACCCCCAGAAGUAACCCUCGUAUCGGCCUGUUCCAUGCUCUCGUACUCCCAGCCCCGAAGUAAGGGAUUCCGUCCGUCCUUCUCCCGCUCAACUUACUUAUACCACAGAUACAUCGCCCAUCACUUCGAAUGGCCUCGUCCCUCCAAGCCUCGCGCCCCCCCCCCCCCCCCCCCCCCAACCUUUUGAACGAAACUUUCCACAAUGCUCGUCUCAACCCUCCUCCUCGCCCUCACCGGCCUCAUCCACCUCCCCAUAACCCUCGCCGCCACGAACCCCCAGCACCCCCUACACCACGACGCCGCCGCCCCGCUCCCGCACCGGGGCCUCCUCCCCGGCGCCGCCUCCAGCCUGCUGUCCUUCGGCCUCGCCUCCUCCGCGACCACCACCCCCUCCUGCGCCCCGGCCCUCCAGAAGGCCUGCGACGGGAAGUGCAUCCCCUCGACCGGCGACUGCUGCGCCACCGGCACCGGCGGCUACUGCGAGCCCGGCAAGCACUGCGUCCCCGGCGGCUGCUGCCGUGACGGCAACACCUGCUCCUCCGGCCCGCCGCAGGGCUGCUCCGCCGGCCGCGUCCUCUGCAACAGGCUGUGCGUCCCCAACGGCGCCGUCUGCUGCCCGCUCGCCGGGUACUGCAACGCCGGCGAGACGUGCGCCGCCGACGGCUCCUUCUGCACCAGAUCGUCGUCGUCGUCCCCGUCCACCUCUGUCAAAUCCACCAUCUCCACCUCAUCCGGGGACAAGAGCGGCAGCAAGGGCGGACAGUGCGUGGCCGACAAGGUCCCUUGCGUGAACGAGUGCAUCCCCAUGGGGAAGAGGUGCUGCACGACGUAUUACUGCAACGCCGGGGAGACGUGCGAGCCCGACGGCAAGUGCGGCCCGAUGCCGAGCGCCAAGGGUGGAGCAGGAGGAGGAGGAGGAGUGGGAGGAGGAGUGAUCCAGUGUGGCAAGGGGAGCACGCUGUGCGGGACGGGUUGCAUGCCGACGGGCGAGGUGUGUUGCGAGACGUACUACUGCUUCGCGGGGCAGACGUGCGCAGGGAACGGCCAGUGUCGGAUCAACGGGACCACGAGAGCCGGAGGUGCGCCGGCGACGGCGCCGACGACGGCGAGUCUGCCGCGGAGCACGGCGAGUCUGCCGCGGAGCACGGCGAGUCUGCCGCGGAGCACGGCGAGUCUACGGUCUACGACGACGCUGGGCGGGUCGUCUCUAUCUCCGUCCAAGAUCAAGGCAACGGCGGUGAAGACGAUGGUGGUGACCGAUGAUGAGGAGACGGCGACGGCCUCGAGUGCCUUGAGUUCGAGUGCUCCGACGACGACGAAGACAUCGGCGAUGGAGGCUACGACAAAGGUCACGGCUGUGGCGACGGUGACGACGGGGUUGACGACGUCUACCACGGCCGGGUCGGGCGUAGGGCCGGCCGGGAGGAAGCCCGGGGGCGCAGUGCUCGUGGCGGGAUUGCUCGCAGCGGUCAUCUGAGUCUGCUUGAGUCGGAUCUCUAUCCCAUGAUACGUGGUGUAAUUAGUCACGCCAACAGAACACGAUAAACAUUAUACAUCAUGAGUAACACGCCCGUGUGAAUAAGUCCAAACCCCGAAUGUAUUGUCCAUGAUCCAUGAUACGCUUUCCAUGCCAUAAUAACCUCUUUCUUUCUCUGUCUCCCCAACGCCAAACUUUUUCGUGCCUGUGAUGAUGAUGAUGAUGAUGGUGACGAUGCCCAGAAAGAACAAAAGACAAAAAGACAAAAGUGACCCGGCGCCAUGUGUGUGGUGCUACCUACCAAGCAAUGCCGCCUACGCCUCGUAAAUGUUUUU